GGGCCCCGGCGCCCGCCUCGCCUGCCCCCCACGCCCCCCUCGGCAUGGCCAACUACUACGAGGUGCUGGGGGUGCAGCCCAGCGCCUCCCCCGAGGACAUCAAGAAGGCCUACCGCAAGCUGGCCUUGCGCUGGCACCCGGACAAGAACCCCGACAGCAAGGAGGAGGCCGAGAAGAAGUUCAAGCAGGUGUCCGAGGCCUACGAGGUCCUGUCCGACCCCAGGAAGCGCGCCGUGUACGACCGCGCGGGCUGCGACGGCUGGCGGGCGGGCGGCGGGGCCAGCGCCCCCCACGGCAGCCCCUUCGACACCGGCUACACCUUCCGUAACCCCGAGGACAUCUUCCGCGAGUUCUUCGGCGGCCUGGACCCCUUCUCGUUCGACUUCUGGGACACGCCGUUCAGCAGCGAGCGCGCGGGCCGGGGCCCCGGCCUGCGGGGCGCCUUCUCCGCCGGCUUCGGCGAGUUCCCGGCCUUCAUGGAGGCCUUCUCGACCUUCGACGCCCUGAGCCGGGGCAGCGGCGCCUGCCGCACCGCCUUCUCGUCCACGUCCUUCGGGGGCUCGGGCGGCUCGGGGUUCAAGUCGGUGAUGUCGUCCACCGAGAUGGUCAACGGCCACAAGGUCACGACCAAGCGCGUCGUGGAGAACGGGCACGAGCGCGUGGAGGUGGAGGAGGACGGGCAGCUCAAGUCGGUGACCGUCAACGGCAAGGAGCAGCUCAAGCGCAUGGACAACAAGUGAGGGUCCGGCCGCCCGGCCACACGGGCCGCCACUCGGGCCGCGAGCGCGGCUGAUGCUUAAUAAACGUGCCAAGAGAGCUCGU